CGUGUGUGGGUACGUAUGAAUACUUACUUACCUACACAGGCCUCAAAGUGGGUGUGUGAGGGAGAGGGAGGGGCGCGACCGGCUUGCUGAAUGACAAGUGGAAGGAGAAGGCGGGGACCGGCCUGGCCUCAGUCAGCGGCUAAUAUUAGGAAGCGGAUACCGGCUUUGUUGCAUCAGCUGGGAAGUGGAGAGACGCGCACAGCGUGGUCCGAAGCGAGGGAGCAGGAAGCAGCAUGAAGCUGUUCAUCAGCCAAGGCAGCCCUGGGGGGCUUAAGGUGCUGGCGGCUGCCCAAGCCACCGACGCUCCUGUGGAGCUGCAGUGGGUUGCCCAGGAUGAACCCUAAAGCAGCAGAAACGAAACAGAAUAGACAGAUUCACUUCAGGGUAUUCCUAUUCUAAAGAUGCUCCUGCCCUGUGCACACUACCCUCAACUGUUUUGCAAUUUCAGCAUCCUGUAACCUGGAUUGAUGCUCAUGUGGUCCCAUUCCUCACCCACCCACGAAUCCCUGCUCUGCUGUUGGAAAAAGAAUCUUUCCUUUUCUCUGCAAAUACAAUUUGCCAGUACUUCUUCCGGUUAUCUGGAAAAGAAAUGGGAGAUCUUGGCCCAGAGCAGAGUGAUAUUGCCAACCAGUUGUUUGAGUGGGAAGCAACUGAACUAGAGCCUGCUUUGUCUGCAGCCCUGUAUCUUCAUGUUGUGCAAGGAAAGAGAGGAGAGGAAGUUUUGGAGAUUAUCCGGAAGCCACUGAACUACAUUGAACAGAUUCUGACCAAAAAAGGCACUCCUUACCUCACUGGGAAUGCUGAGUCAGCUGUUGAUGUUAUCCUGUGGGGAUCCCUGUUCUCUCUGUUGCGGGAUGAAUCCUUUUUGCCAGAUGAACUGAAAGCCCUGAGGAGAUGGUUACAGAACAUGAGCCUGAAGGAGCACUGCAAAAAGGCUGCUGAGUCUAUAUGGACACCCAAAGGAUUGCAGGAGCUGAAGGCGUAUCUGCAGAAACAUCCUGCUCCUAACCUGGUUUUUGAGAAGCCAGCUACAAAUGAGCCAAAGGAUGAAGAAUCUGCUCAGAGGUAUCUGUCCGAGGAAGAGAUUGACACAAUUGUAGAAGUCUGGACCAGAGGGCCAGUUGGCCUACCCAAACCAUGGAAGCCACAACAGCCUGUAAUGCCUGUGGAAGGCAUGAAGAAUAUCCUGAUCACUAGCGCACUACCCUAUGUUAACAAUGUACCACACCUUGGCAACAUCAUUGGAUGUGUUCUCAGUGCCGACGCCUUUGCUAGGUACUGCCGUCUGCGCAACUGGAACACACUGUAUGUGUGUGGCACAGAUGAGUAUGGCACUGCCACAGAGACGAAGGCCAUGGAGGAAGGGCUGACGCCACAGCAGAUCUGUGACAAGUACUAUGCCAUCCACUCCCAGAUCUACCAGUGGUUCAACAUCUCCUUUGACUACUUUGGGCGUACUACCACAGCACAUCAGACCACGAUAGCCCAGAACAUUUUCCAGCAGUUGUUGGAGCGCAAUUACCUGCUAACUGAGACAGUGGAUCAGUUGAAGUGUGAGAAGUGUGUGCGGUUCCUGGCUGAUCGCUUUGUGGAAGGCACCUGCCCUUUCUGCAACUAUGAAGAGGCCCGUGGGGACCAGUGUGACAAAUGUGGAAAACUGAUCAAUGCCACUGAGCUAAAGAAACCAGUGUGCAAAGUCUGUCAAGGGACCCCUGUGGUCAAAGCCUCCCAGCACCUCUUCUUGGAUCUGCCCAAGUUGGAAGACCGCCUGGAGAAGUGGCUGGCCCUGUCCCAGUCCACAGGAGACUGGACCCCUAAUGCAAGAUACAUCACUGGCUCCUGGAUCCGUGAUGGGCUCAAGCCACGUUGUAUCACUCGUGAUCUAAAGUGGGGCACGCCAGUCCCUUUGGAUGGCUUCCGUGACAAGGUGUUCUAUGUCUGGUUUGAUGCCCCCAUUGGCUACCUAUCCAUUACAGCCAAUUACACCAAUCAGUGGGAGAAAUGGUGGAAAAAUCCAGGGCAGGUUCAACUGUAUAACUUCAUGGCCAAAGACAAUGUCCCAUUCCACAGUGUUGUGUUUCCUUGCUCGUUGCUGGGUACAGAGGACAACUAUACCCUAGUCAACCACCUCAUUGCAACAGAAUACUUGAACUAUGAGGAUGGCAAAUUCUCUAAGAGCCGUGGUGUGGGUGUCUUUGGAGACAUGGCCAAGGACACGGGCAUCCCUGCAGACAUCUGGCGCUUCUACCUUCUUUACAUGCGUCCAGAGAGCCAGGACAGCGCUUUCUCCUGGAGUGAUCUCAUGCUUAAAAACAACUCUGAGCUGCUCAACACCCUUGGCAACUUUAUUAACAGAGCUGGGUCGUUUGUGUGCAAAUUCUUCGGGGGACACGUCCCCACUAUGGAGUUGAGUCCAGAUGACAAGCGCCUCCUGGCUCAUAUCACACUGGAGCUGCGUCAGUACAACCAGUUGUUGGAGAAGGUCAAGAUCCGAGAUGCCCUGCGCAGCAUCCUGAAUGUUGCUCGCCAUGGCAACCAGUACCUCCAGGUCAAUGAGCCCUGGAAACACAUCAAGGGCAAUGAUGCAGACAGGAAGUGGGCAGGCACAGUGAUAGGGGUGGCCGUCAACAUUGCAUCCCUGCUGUCUGUCAUGCUGCAGCCAUACAUGCCCAAUGUGAGCACUGCUAUCCAAGAGCAGCUGCUCAUUCCUGCUGCCUACAACGUACUGACCAAUGACUUUGUCUGCACCUUGCCUGCUGGACAUCAGAUUGGCACGGUCACUCCUCUGUUCCAGAAGCUGGAGAGUGAACAAAUUGAAAACCUGCGGAAGCGCUUUGGUGGUGGCCAGCUAGAAGACAUCCCAUUGAAGCAGAAGAAAAAAGCAUCCGUGAAUAGCAAAAUGGUAGCAGAAAAAGGAGCAAAGGACCUUCAAGAAGUAAUAGCCAAACAGGAUAAUUAUGUGCAGCAGCUGAAGGCCCAGAAGGCUGAGCAGAAGCAGAUUGAUGCUGCAGUCUCAAAACUAGCAGAGCUGCAGAAGCAGCUCAGCUUGGCCGAGGGAAAGGGGAAAAAGAAAAAGUGAACUGUUACACAGCAUCUUUUAAAGCAGCUCUUCUUCCUGGUGGCAGUGACAGCUUCCCCACCACCACUGUGGCAUUUUCACACCACUAUGUUUUGAUGCAGGUCCUUCUGUGUUGUAACUACUUGUGUGGGGCAGAAUUAUUCAGAAUCCUUUGAAAUUUUAAUUACAUGGUGAGAAAUAAAUAUUUUAUUGCUUAAAUAUA